AUGCUAUCCACGAUGCAUGCCUCACCGAUCGGCGUGGGGUUGGCGGCACCGCAGGUUGGGAUUUUGAAGCGAUUGAUUGUGAUUGAUUUGAACAGGGAGGAGCCGUUUAACCCAGAAAUUCAAAGCCUAGCGGGUGAGACCAUCGAGGAGGAAGGGUGCUUGAGUUUCCCCGGUAUUACCGCCGAUGUCAAGCGGGCGGCGAAGGCCGUUGUGACAGCGCAAGGUAUUGAUGGUGAACCAAUUCGGAUCGAAGGGGAAGACUUACUCGCUCGCGCUCUACAGCAUGAAAUAGACCACCUCAAUGGCAUCUUGUUCAUCGAUUACGUCAGCGGUCUGAAACGACAACUCCUCCGUGGGAAACUAAGAAAACUACAGCAAUCGCAACAGUAA